AUGCAGAUUCUCACAGACGAAUGGCUCGAAGCGGCUCAAGCGGAAAAGCUGGCGACUCUGACCGAGACGGAGAUGAUCACAUCCGCCAUGCCCGAAGAGGCUCAAGCGGAGAAGCUGGCGAUUCCGACCGAGACGAAGAAUCCCGGGCCCAAAGAGACCCGCCAGGAAUUGUCGACGACCGUCGCUGAGACGGAGGCCCCGUCACACGAAGGCCCUGCGGCCCCAACGCGGACCAAGCGAGCCAAGGAACACGUCAAGACGCUCGCCCACAGGGCCAUGUCCAUGGUGAGCAUGCGGUCCAGCGCGCAACACGAGAAGCAACCGGCCAAGACGGGAGGAGGCCUGCAGGCGAUGGAGGCGGGAGGACAGAUGGAGUCCAAGGCCAAGGUGCCAGAGCGAGUCUCCAGUCUUGCCACUGGGCAGCCCGCAGGCGAAAGAAAGGCAUCGGGUCUUGUGGGCAGGAUGCGUGUGGCAUCGAGCGAGCUGCACAAGCUUGCGGACCGAACCAAGUCUGUCAUGAAGAAGUGA